CCGCCCCCCGCACCGCCCCUCGCGCCGAGAGCGCACAGAGCGCGCCCGCGAGCCACUCAGGCGCAGCUCCGUGGGAAGGUGACCUUCCAAGAAGAUGUCCUAUGGAUCCGUUGCUGGCAGCAGUGGCUUGGGGAGCCAUGGCCCUUUUGGGGGACCCUCCAGACAAGGCUGUCAGCCGCUGGAGUGUGCUAAAUGUUGGACUGAGUAUGGAAUCCACCACUUCCCCUGCCCGUUGCCAGAGAGCAGCCCUCAGGACCCCAGUGUGGGCCAGGACGGGGAAGGUGACCUGGGCCCAGCGAGCAUGCCCAGAGGCCUGAGGGCCAGGAGGCGAGGGCUAGAGGCUGCCCCUGAAAGAGGUGGGACUCCGGAGCCCACCUUGCCAACCGCAACCAGCCCAAGAAGGGAUUUGGCUGCUGGGGUCUGUGGCCGGGUGGUGGGGCGCAGUGCCACCCAGGCCAAGAAGAGGAAGCCCAACUUCUGCCCACAGGAGACAGAGCUGCUGGUGAGCAAGGUCAGCAAGCACCACCAGCUUCUGUUUGGCCCGGGGCUGCUGAAGGCAGAGCCCACCCGCAGGUACCGUGUGUGGAGCUGCAUCUUGCAGGCCGUGAACUCUCUGGGCUACUGCCAUUGUGACCUUGUGGACCUGAAGCACAAGUGGCGGGACCUGCGUGCCGUUGUGCGGUGCAAGCUGGGCGACCUCCACAGGCUGGCCCAUGGUCCGGGCUCUGGCAAGCCCCAGGCCCUGGCCCUCAUACCCAUGGAGCAGGUGGUGGCCAAGACCUUCUCCUGCCAGGCCUUGUCCUCCAAGGGCCUCGGCCAGGAGCCCCUCAGAGCUGCCCAGGCGGAGCCCGGUGACCUCCACGAGCUAGUCCAGGACACGUCGGCCAGCAUCUCCCGAAUCAGCUCCAAUGUGACCUCCUUGGAGCAGAGCCUCUGGUCCCUGGGGACGCCGAGUGACACGCAGGAGCUGAGGGACAGCCUGUGCAUGGUGCAGCAGGAGACCAGCAGAAUAGUGGCCGCCAGCGCUGGUGCCCUGAAGCGGAUGGAAGAACCCCUGCAGGGCUGUCCCCGGGUACGUUGGGGACAGGAGUGUCUUCAGCUGAACCGCCUAAAAACUCAUGUCUCAGAUGCCAUUCAGCACUAUGGAGUGGUGCAAAAGAAAAUUGCUGAAAAGUUGAGAGCACUACUUCCUACAGUGCAACGGAGUGGCAGGCAGCAGGGUCCCCAGGCCACUUUUGCUGAGCUGGCUGACGAUGACAAGAUCCUUAGCGAGGGUGACAGCAUAUGGCAGGGCCAGGAGCAGGUGCUGCUUCCCGAGAUCACCGAAGAGGACCUGGAGGCCAUUCGGCUGCGUGAGGAGGCCAUCCUGCAGAUUGAGAGCGACUUGCUGGACGUGAACCAGAUCAUCCAGGACUUGGCCUCCAUGGCGUCAGAACCAGGAGAUGCCAUUGCGCAGGGACACCCUGUCCUGGGGUUUGAGGCUGCAGUCGGCACUCCGAGGAGACCCCUGGGGAUCUGGAGCCGCCUCGAGUCUGGGCUCUGCCCUGGGCCGCUUCCAGAACUGGUGUGGGGUUGACCAGGCUGUGCCAGCAGGGGCCGAUGUCCUGCUGUUCACGUGUUCCUUCCACGAGAGGACCUCAGUGCCGCCCAGCCUGGCCCAUCCACACAGCGUGGCCAUGGGGUUCCUCUUGCUCCUGCCCUGAGAAGGCAGGGUAGGGACUGGCACCCUCUAUCCUGGAAGAAUGAGUCUGGCUCUGGUGUCCAGAGCC